AUGGCGACCCAACAAUUAUCUCAAACGAACCAAGUUUCUCCGGAAUAUAUUGAAAUAAUGAAUCGGAUAGAAAAAGAAUUGGAUGAAGUAUAUGAAAUGGAAGAUGGAGAACAAUUUUGUUUUCAAUUAUCUAAUGAAAUUGUUAGGAUCGGAUUAAAUAUUAUUGAAGAACGGCAUUUUGAACGAGAAAGUGUUUAUUAUACUGUCGAUGAUUGUAUGGAAAAGAUGUUUACGAUAUUGGAUGUAAGUUCUCUCAAUAAUAUUGAAAAAAAACAUUUGGGAGUCAAUCAUCAUAUGAUUCAGUAUACUUUCAUUCAAAAGGAUGAAGGAGAUGGAGAGAUGGCUUUGCAUCAUUUGGAGGAAGGCUCUCCUCUUGAACCAAGCAUUGAGCCUCAAAGAAUUCCAAAUGAUUCGUGUGCCCGAGGAAGUGUACCAAUGAGAAGAAAACCACAACCUCCACCAAUGUCAAGAGCAAAUAGUGGACGAUUAUCAAAAACAUCAAUUCGUUCUUUUGGUCAAGGACCAAGAGCUUCAGUAGCAGUGAACAAUACUAAAGAUGCCAUUAACACAAGUACAAGCACAGCCAAGUCCACAACAAUUAGAAGUAGCAUGGCAUCCAGUAUUUUGUCUACAGUGACCAACAAGCAGAAUGCAAAUAGACCAAUGAAUGGGGCAACAAGUGUGGUUCGAUAG